CUUAUAUCGAAGUUAAAAAAUUCAUAUCGAUAUAUUGUUUGCAAUAAUCGAUCUAUCGAUAAUACCGAAACAUUCAUUUGUUAUCGUACGAGAAUGCCGGUAAUUCCGAAGAAACGUGCUCUGUUUUUUGUGAGAAGUAUUAACAAUAAUUUAUUUUAUUUUAAUUUGUCAUUUUAAUUAAAAUGGAGAUGUUAACUAUGAAUUCAAAUAAUGACUCUAAAGCUAUUGACGACAAUGACGAAUUAGGUAAAUUAAAAAAGAAUUAUUUGCUAUUAAAACGAAAAAUUUGUAGAACGCACGAAUUGAUUAGACAGUACAAUGAUAAGGUGAAAGAAUGUGAUCGCAUAAAUAUAGAGUUAAACUUGGCACAUACAGAACUUAAAACAUUGAAAACUGAUUAUAAUGGAGUAUUGGGAAAAGUUAUUAAAUUAGAACUUCAAAAUACAGAGUAUAAGAAACAAAUUACAUCUAUGUCGAGUACGACAGAAACACAGGAAAUUCAAAUUGCUGGGAAUCAACAACAUUUGAAUCAAUUAUCAUCUAAAUUAAAGGAAGUAGAAGAUAAACAUGCGGAUGAAAAACUGCAAUGGGAAAUGGAAAAAUCUGUAUUAAAAGACAAAAUCAAAGAAAUGGAGCAUGUAUUAAAGAUUACUAAGAAUAGUAAUUCUUCAAUAAAGAAGAUAAAUAAAUCGCAAGGGAUAGAUAAAGGCACAAAUUGUAAUUUUCAAAAUUUAAUAUCAAAAGUAAAUGUUGCUGUGAAUACAAUGAAUGACAGUACAAUUACUCGGGCUGACAAAAAUGUAAUAACAAAUUUGUCUUUUGGAACCAAGAAAAUGAAUGUUUAUCCUUUGAUUUGUGAUAAUUGUGAUAGCUUAUUUUCUAAUCCUAUUAAAACAAUUUGCAAGGCAAUGACUAAAAAAAAUGAAAUGAUUGAGCCAAUUCCUCCGUGUAGGGAGGUUGAAAAAGAUCAGAAGAAUGAUGAAAGAGUUAAUUUUCAAAAUCCAUCAAAAGAUAAAAGUAAAUCCAAUAAUAGUACAUUUGAAUUAUCCAAAAUAUCCGCAUUAAAGGAAGAUCAAAAUUCUCAUGCUAUAAAAGAAGAACUUUCGGUCAACUUAGUACAACAGACAACUACUGAAAGUUUAACGCAUUAUAUGAAUGAGUUAAGAAAUCAGAUGAAAAGAUUAGAAAAAAAGAUAAAUAAGCAAUCUCAUAAGAAGGAGCUACCAGAUUAUAAUUAUUUCCAACCUUCACCAUACAGCAAUUAUUUUCAUAAUGACAUGUUAAACUAUAAUUCAUUGCUUAAUUUGAUGUCACGUGUUUUAAAUAAUGUGAACGAAACCGCACGUAGCAGUAAAAAAAUUCGAAAGGAAAAACAUGAAUCUAAAUCUCGCAAACUUAUUUUAAAAAAGACAAAGCGCAAACGAGUACAGAAGAUUGUGUCCGCAUCUAAUGAUGCUUGGAAAGUGGAUUCAAUCGUACCUUGCUAUAAACAAAUUAUAAGAACUGAUAAUUCUACAUCAAAUAAUCAUCUAAAUAGAUCGCCUAGUCUUAUUAACAAUGAUCUAGUGUUAGAUGAUGGUUCAAGCAAUACAAAUGUUGAAAAAGAUAUAUGUCGCAAUAAUAUAAUUAAAACUGCAAAUGAUAAUAUAUCGAAAUCAAAUAGUUUGAAUGGUAAACAAUGUUUAAGUUCUACGAUAAUUGAAGAAAUACAACCAGUACGUGAUACUCGAUUUAUUUUAGAACCAUUAAAUCUUAAAAAUAACACUUUUCUUCAAUAUAAGACUAUUAUUGUUGCUGGUAAUGAUAUUAUUAAUGAUUUAGAUCCUACUAGCAGUAUAGCUUCCGUAUUAAGUGCAGAUAUUUCUAUGAAUAAUAAGUUUAAUGUGUCUAAGAAGCAAAUAAAUAUUCCUUUUACCAAUAUAUAUAAAUCUGAUAAUACUGAAAACACGAUAGAAGAUAUAUCAAAUCCAAUCGGUAAAGUUCCAAUUCAUGUAAAUACUUCAGAUUCUACCUCUAAUAAUACUGCAAUUAAUACCAAUGUUAAGAACCGAAAACGUAAAUUACAGACAUUUGAGAAUAAAUUAAAUCAAUUGAAUUUAAUUAAAGAUUUGCAAACUCCGGAGAAAAAUAAUAAAAGUAUUCACAAUAUUGAAAGUACAAGAGAAACUAUUUGUGAAAAAAAAAUAAAUAGCAAAUUGAAUGUUCAGAUAGUUAAUUCAGAUGUUGUGCUUAAAAAAAAGAAACGUAUAAUAUAUGAAGCGGAAAUGAGUAAUCAGGAAAUAUCGACAUUAAGUAAUAAAAAUUUAAAUGUAAUUCAAGAAAUGGACGAUGAGCCUGUUGAAGCGGCACAAGCAAAUAUAUUAGAUUGUACAUCUUUAAACAAAAAAGAAACUAAAUAUAUCGAAAAGCAAAAUAAUAACAGGAAAGUUCCAAAAAAGCAGGAUAAAUUUAAUAUAAAGAAAAUUCCCAAAUCUAAGUGCGUAUUUGCUACAAAUAAAAGUCGUACUAGAUUAUUGGGCAAUAUAAAUAAUAUGCGGUCUCGUCGUCUAAUUAAAAACGGAAAUUUAAAGUUGUUCGAUUCAAAUGAACCAAUAACUAAACAAGAUGAAAGUAGUGAUAAGGAAAAAUGUAUACCUAAACCUGCAUGUAAUAAAGAUAAUAAAACGAAAAAAAGUUUGGUGAAAAGUAUUAGCGAAUUAAAAGCAAUAAAUAAAGACUUAAUUGAAGAUUUGCCGGACAACACUUUUAACAAUGAAACGCAAAUAAAGUUAACAGAUAACUCAGAAACAUUAAUGGAAAAUGAGCAAAUGCUUGCUGCUAAUUCGAUUUCUAUAUCUACUGAUAUAAAUGAGAGUACAAAAGAUGAAUGUUUUACUACUACAAUGACACCAUUAAAAGACUCGAAGUUAAUGCAAGAUGAGGAUGCACUUAUUAAUAUUAAUGAAAAAGCCAAGAGAGAAAACAUUGAAUCAUGUCAUAAACUUAUUUCCGAUGAAGAGAAUAAAAUGAUAAAAAGUAUCUAUUCAGAUUGUUCUAAGUUUAAAUUAAUUAGUCAUCUAAAAGAGAACUAUAUUUCUAAAGAUAGAUGUGAAAAGUCUUUGAAGAAUAAUAUUAAUGAACCGAUUCAAAAUGUAGCAAUAAAACCACAAAUAUUAAAUCUGAACGAAAUCGAUACUUCAAUCCAUUCUGAAUAUAAUAUUGAAUCACAAAUGACAAGACUCGAAACUUCUAUGUUCGUUGAAGAAGAAGCAACUGCAGAGAUACUUAACAGAAGUAUAAAAGAAACAGAAGAAUUUAAUUUAGAAUCCAAUAACAUUGAUAUGAAAACAGAAAAGAUCAUUGAAAUACCUCUAGACGAAGAGGAUAAUUUAAUUAUUAACGCUGAAGAACAACAUAAUAGCGAUAUAAUAACUACAGAAAAAAGCAACGAAUUAAUUAAAGAUAUAGGUAUAAAUAAUCCGACUUUUGAAUUACUUAGUCCUUUAAAAGAUAAUCAGAUUUUUAAUGAUACCUGUGAAUCUUCUUUGGAGAAUAAUUUGCAAAAUGUAACAAAAAAUUCACGAAAAUUACCUGUAAGAGGAUUAGGUGCCUUAAUUGAUUCCAAACAUAUGCGUGAGUUAAAAAGGAUAAAGAAAACAGGCGUUCAAAAGCAAAGCAAAGUAAUGGAAUUGGAUAAAAUAAACAAAGAUUUAUCGACUAGUGAUAAUUACAAAAAUAGAAAAGUACAUGCAAAAAUGUCUAAAAAUUCAAUAAACACAACAAAGCCUAAUAAUAAUUUAAAUAUUCAAUCGCAUAAUGCGAUAAUCAAUGACUUAAAAGUUGUUUCCGCGAAUAGCAGAGUGAAUAAUACACAUGCUGAUAAUAAUAAUUUAAAUUCUUUAGUUAAUCCCAUUGUAUUAUUAGAAAAUUAUUUACAACAAAAUUUACAUCCCGAAGGAUUGAAAAAGUCCAGACAAGAAUUGAAGAAGCAAGAAUCAUUGUAUGAAAAAAUAGAUAAGUUUGUUCAGAAGCAAUUAAACAAAAUUGUAAAUAAUACUGAUUGGGCUAUGCCUGUACAUAGAGAUGUUGUUGAAAAAUUGUCUUCUACAUGUAGUGCUCGUAUUAUAGCCAAAGGUAUAGUGAACUUUGUGCUUAUAAGAAGAAAUGAUAAUUUAGAUAAAACUUAUACACCGCCAGCACCUCUAAUGACAGUGGAUCAACAAAAAAUUGUAGCAUUAUUAGUUGAUCUUGAAAUUAAAGUACCUACAGUGAUAAAAUGGGUUCAAGCAGGAAUCGAAUUUAAAAUUUUUAGAUUGAAUUGCACACCUACGUUUUAUCAAAUUGAAAAUCUCAUACGAGUAUACAUUGCUCUAACAAGGAUACAAAAGGAUCGAGAAAAACUUAGAAUGUUAUGUUGUGAUGCUUUAUAUUGUCUCGGAUUCUCUGCAGUUCCAAUUAUUUAUACGGUAUUGACAUGUUGGCCAGAAGUAUUUCCACAGUGUACAGAAAAUACUGAUAUGUUACCAAAGUGCAUAGCACAUUGUAUUAUGUCUUUACAGGCUAAUCAUUUACCUCAGUUACAAAGUUUAAAAAAUUUCUUAUCAAUGUAUUUUAAUUAUAAAAAAGGAAGUUACGUAACUAAAAAUCUAGUAGAAGAAUUAUUAAGAUCUUUUGAAAUAGGAAGUCAAUCUAAGGAAAAUACUGAAAGUUUGAGAACAGCUGUAAUAUUGCUUGCAAAAAAGGAAGGUGUAUUAUGGACUCAUAAUAAUAUUAUAAGGAGCACUUUGUUACCAAAUAUAGUCGGUAGAAAGUAUGCGUUUGUCCAGGAGGUAUUUGCUUUACUCGGCAAUCUUAUGCGUACUUUCCCUUUAGAAGAUAAGGAUGGAAUUGUAAAAAAUACUGUCGAACAACUUGCAGAUUUACUUGAUUCGGGAGAAGGCCCCCACGAUCAACAGGAAGGCAUAGCAUCAGCACUGCUAAGUUUAUCUAGACACGACUUGAUGAAAGUUAUAAAUACUGUAUUGAAAUGGAUCCCAAAUGAACCUUUAAGAGCUUCAACUAUGGAUCAAUAUUCUGCACUCUUCAGGCUAAGAACAAGAGCUUUUUGGAAAAAAUAUUUAAAAUCUGUUGAAAAAAAAUUAACCCAAAUAGAAUCUAAAGAUCAUAAUGUAUACAUAAGUAAGUAAUACAUACCUCGUCAUAAUGUAUACAAUAAGAAUAAAUAAUAUAAUUAGACGUAAUAAUAUUUUUAGAAGCUUCUCUAAUUAGACAAAAAAAAAUUCGUACAAAUAGUCGUUUUAAUUAAUUUUUUACUAUACUGAUAAUAUCGAACGCGCGAUAAAAAAUGUUUAUAGAAGACUAAGCAUUAAUAUCUAAAAUCUAACUUCAUUUCCUUUUUUUAUCUUUUUUUUUUUUAAAAGAUUUUGAUAUUAAUGUGCACAUGACAAGUAUUAAUAGAAUUACGAUUUAGAAUUAUUACUGACAAGUAGAUAUAAUAAUUAAAUUUAAAUUUUUGUAAUUUACUUACUCUCGCUUUUUCUUUUGUUUUUAAAUGUGAUAUAUGUGUAUAUUAUAUAUUUUAAAAUAUUCUUCUGUAAAAAAUAGUGAAAAAUUGAUAUUCCUAAUUUUUGUGUUGGUUAGUUUCGGAUCAUUCUUUUUACAUAUAUCUCAGUUAAUAUUUGUUAAUUUAAUAAUAUGUAUAUUAGAAAUAAUAGAUCACCCAUGCAGUGCGCUUUGUAUACAGAUAAAGUGUAAAUAUAUAACGUGUGA